AUGCAGCGGUAUCAGGAAGUGCUUGUAACCGUCUGCUCGACGCUGAUCCGGUUCCUGGGAUACAUCUUCCUUCGCUGGAUUCCUGCCCAUCAUGCGCCUCCGAUUACUGUGUCGGCUUUAUGUGUAUAUCUAAGCUUAAUAUGGGCGACAUCCUCGAGUUCGACGCGCGACCGUCCCUCGCAAAGCGGCCAGAAGAAGCAGCGCACAGCUACAUCCACGACCAAACAGUCGGACAGAGAUACUCAAAAACAUGGAAACGAUAGGGAGGUUUCUGUACUACGGUCCCUGCUGACUGGUUUGCCAUGUACCAGCUCGAAGCUGGUUACUUGGGCUACCGUGGGCGCCAACGUACUGCUCAACGUCUUCAUACUGGAUUUCGUCCUCCGAGGGUCCUUUUUAUACCCUACGACGCACCUAUCGUUCGCCCGGGUGGGAUAUGUCUCAUCGGACAGCGUUAAGAUUCUCAUCCGAGAACCUGACCCGGAAAAUUUGCCAUUGACAGUGUAUCACCGCGCCAAAAUCGACCCUCCACCGGAGACUUGGACAGUGGACGAAACGAUACACACCUUAAACGAUACGACAGACUAUACGUUUCCGGUAGUGAUAGACGGGCUUGAUUCUGCUACGGUAUACGAGUACUUGCUAUCUAACAGCUUGUCUGGAGAGUUUACCACGGCCCCAGAACCGGGUUCUAGUGGAUCGAUGCGGCUUAACUUCUGGACGACCAGUUGUAUCAAGGCGAACUUCCCAUACAAUCCAUUGUCCCAUCCAUUCAGGAUUUAUGGAAUUGAAACGCUUUCCCAAGUGUACUCUAAGCUACCUACCAUGGCUCUACCUUCGUUUAUGCUCUUCCUAGGAGACUUCAUCUACAUUGAUGUGCCUCACCAAUUUGGUACCGCUAUCAAGCAUUACAGAGACGAAUACCAAAAAGUCUACUCGUCUCCAAGCUGGCAUAUUGGAAAGAACCCAGCCAUUAACCUUCCCUGGAUUCACAUGCUCGAUGACCACGAAAUCCAGAACGACUGGCACGAUGGCAACGUUACUGAACCCUACCCUGCUGCCAUUGACCCUUACCAUCAUUACCAUGUUAGCGUAAACCCUCCAAGGGCGAAGUCUCCUCACGCAAUCGAACAGAACACAACAUAUUUCUCCUUCACUCGAGGCCCUGCCUCGUUCUUCAUAUUGGACUCAAGAACAUAUCGUUCUCCUCCUGGAUUGGAUAACUCGACCAUGCUUGGAUACGCUCAGCUCCAAUCUCUACUAGAUUACAUCUCCUGCCCUGAACCAGUGGGAGUCAAAUGGAAGUUAAUCAGUAGCAGUGUGCCCUUUACUAAGAACUGGCACAUAGGAACUUCCGAUACCUGGGGAGGUUACUUGAAGGAACGUCAAGUUCUCCUAGAAGCUAUGUGGCGGGCUGAACGUACCCUUGGUACUAGGAUCGUCCUCCUCAGCGGCGACAGGCACGAAUUCGCAGCUACAAAAUUCCCCAAUCCCGCUACACAGCCGUCAAACCCUACAUCAUCUUCCAUUUCCAAAGCUGAGGGUCAGGGUAUCUAUGAAUUCUGUGUGGGUCCAUUGAGCCAGUUCUACCUUCCCAGCAGUUCAUAUUACCAGACCGAUGAUGAAGAUGUGACCAUUAAGUACGUUCCAAACGGAAACUUCAAGUUUGGGGCUGUGGACGUCGAAAUUCUCCCUGAUGGAGAGUCUGUCCUUAUAUAUACGCUAUACGUGAGCUCUGAGGCUGUAUGGCAAUACAAGCUUUCAAUGCCGUCUGAUAUCAAGAAGGGGGAGGCAGAGUUCCCCGACGGCGAAGAGGUGUUUGACCGGGUUAACCAACCCAACGAAAAUCUGGGUAUGGCAAUUAAGUCGUUCUGGAGAGGUCUAUACUGGCUAAAUACACAGGUUAGUAAGCUUGUGGAAGGGGUGAAUGGGUUGGUUCUCAAAAAGGAAAAGCUAGACGAGUGA